GGGGCCAUCCUCGGAGGGGCGGGGCGAGGACUGGCAACCCGGAAGGUCCCUUAUCUCUCCGGGACCCGGGUCCUGCCAUCGCCCGCUGGCCUCCCGCCCGGGCAGUUGCAGCCAGGAUGGGCCGGAAGGUGACCGUGGCCACCUGCGCACUCAACCAGUGGGCCCUGGACUUCGAGGGCAAUUUGCAAAGGAUUUUGAAGAGUAUCGAAAUUGCCAAAAACAGAGGAGCAAGAUACAGACUUGGACCAGAGCUGGAAAUAUGCGGCUACGGAUGCUGGGAUCAUUACUAUGAGUCGGACACACUCCUGCACUCGUUUCAAGUCCUCGCUGCCCUUCUGGAGUCUCCUGUCACUCAGGACAUCAUCUGCGACGUCGGGAUGCCUGUGGUGCACCGAAACGUCCGCUACAACUGCAGGGUGAUAUUCCUCAGCAGUGGCACAUGCGUCUCAGGAGCCCCAUGUGCAUGGCCCCGUUCCCCUGCCUGCAGGAAGAUCCUGCUCAUCAGACCCAAGAUGGCCUUGGCCAACGAGGCCAACUACCACGAGCUGCGCUGGUUCACCCCGUGGUCGAGGAGUCGGCACACAGAGGAGUACUUUCUGCCUCGGAUGAUACGGGACCUGACGAAGCAGGAAACUGUGCCCUUCGGAGACGCGGUGCUGGCGACGUGGGACACCUGCAUUGGAAGUGAGAUCUGUGAGGAGCUCUGGACACCCCACAGCCCGCACAUCGACAUGGGCCUGGAUGGCGUGGAGAUUGUCACCAAUGCCUCCAGCAGCCACCAUGUGCUACGCAAAGCCAACACCAGGGUGGAUCUCGUGACUAUGGCCACCACCAAGAACGGUGGGAUUUACUUGCUGGCCAACCAGAAGGGCUGUGACGGGGACCGCCUCUACUACGACGGCUGCGCCAUGAUUGCCAUGAACGGGAGCAUCUUUGCUCAGGGAUCCCAGUUUUCUCUGGAUGACGUGGAAGUCCUGACGGCCACGCUGGAUCUGGAGGACGUCCGGAGCUACAGGGCAGAGAUUUCGUCUCGAAACCUGGCGCUGCUGGAGCCCUGCUUGUCUGUGGGUCCUGGGGACCUGGAGGGUUUCCGUGGAGCUGGGAGUCAUUCUGUCUUGAAUCUCCAUCGCCAGGCCAGCAGGGCAAGCCCCUACCCCCGGGUGAAGGUGGACUUCGCCCUCUCAUGCCACGAGGACUUGCUGGCACCCGUCUCUGAGCCCAUCGAGUGGAAAUACCACAGCCCCGAGGAGGAGAUAAGCCUUGGACCUGCCUGCUGGCUCUGGGACUUUUUAAGGCGAAGCCAACAGGCGGGGUUUUUGCUGCCCCUGAGUGGCGGGGUGGACAGCGCGGCCACUGCCUGCCUCGUCUACUCCAUGUGCUGCCAGGUCUGCGAAGCUGUGAGAAGCGGAAAUCAGGAAGUGCUGGCUGACGUCCGCACCAUCGUGAACCAGAGCAGUUACACCCCGCAGGAUCCCCGAGACCUCUGUGGGCGCAUACUGACCACCUGCUACAUGGCCAGCGAGAACUCCUCCCAGGAGACGUGCAGCCGGGCCAGAGAGUUGGCCCAGCAGAUUGGAAGCCACCACAUCAGUCUCAGCAUCGAUCCAGCCGUGAAGGCUGUCAUGGGCAUCUUCAGCCUGGUGACAGGGAAGAGUCCUCUGUUUGCAGCUCAUGGAGGAAGCAGCAGGGAAAACCUGGCGCUCCAGAAUGUGCAGGCUCGAAUACGGAUGGUCCUCACCUAUCUGUUUGCUCAGCUGAGCCUCUGGUCUCGGGGCGUCCAUGGCAGGCUCCUCGUGCUGGGAUCCGCCAAUGUGGAUGAGAGUCUCCUGGGCUACCUUACCAAGUAUGACUGCUCCAGUGCGGAUAUCAACCCCAUAGGCGGGAUCAGCAAGAUGGACCUGAGGGCCUUUGUCCAUUUCUGCACCGGGCGAUUCCAGCUUCCCGCCCUGCAGAGCAUCCUGUCGGCGCCGCCUACCGCGGAGCUGGAGCCCUUGGCGGAUGGACAGGUGUCCCAGACCGACGAGGAAGAUAUGGGGAUGACGUACACGGAGCUCUCGGUCUACGGGAGACUCAGGAAGGUGGCCAAGAUGGGGCCCUACAGCAUGUUCUGCAAACUCCUCGGCAUGUGGAGGCACAUGUGGACCCCGAGACAGGUCGCCGACAAAGUGAAGCGGUUUUUCUCCAAGUACUCCAUCAACAGGCACAAGAUGACCACGCUCACACCCGGGUACCACGCCGAAAACUAUAGCCCCGAUGACAAUAGGUUUGAUCUGCGACCGUUUCUGUACAACACGGGCUGGCCCUGGCAGUUCCGGUGCAUAGAAAACCAGGUGCUACAGCUCGAGAGAGCGGAGCCACAGUCCCUGGACGGUGUGGACUGACACCGGUUCCUUCCUGGAGGCCUCCUCUCCUCGGGGACCCCAGCGCCACAUCAUCAGCGUUGCUGGGACCAAGGGUAGGAGCCCUGUGGUAGGAGCCCAGAACGGCGUGGCGCAUCAGUCGAGAAAGAGGGAACUUUUCAGUCGAACUCCUCCAAAGGAGGCUGGAAUAAAGCCUAGGUUUAAAAAGA